AUGCUCAGCUCAAGAAAUCUGUUGCUCCAAUCCAAUCUCAAAAGAAGAAAACAAUCCCGGAAGAAUCUUCUCAGGAACCCUAGCUCAGUUCCCAAAAAACCAAAAUUCGUAUCCAAGAAUCAAGAACCCAUCUCAGCAGCUCCGCCGGCGUUACCGCCGGAGGAAGAAGAUCGAGAACUGAUCGGCGGAGAAAGAGAAGAUGGAUAUUUCAGCCUAAAGGGCUCAGCCCGAUCCCACUCCCAUGGCGUCCAGCCGCUGGGAAACCUCUAUUUCAGCGCAUCGUCGUUCAAUUCCAGGAACGCGGGCCUCGGCAGCCUUCAGAUCCUCACGGACGAGCUCGUCCUCGACAUUCUCGGGCUCCUGAGCGGACCGGGCCUUGGGGUUUUAUCGACUGUAAGCAAAUCCUUUUAUGUUUUCUGCAGCCAUGAGCCCCUCUGGCGGAACCUUGUCUUGGGUUCUUGUGAAAAUGGCUUCUUGUUCAAUGGCACCUGGAAAAACACUUUCGUCGGUGCUCACAAAAGCUCGUUCGAAAUCGUUAACUCUACAGUUAAAGUUAGGGACUUUUAUUCUGAUUACUUGUUUCAGAGCUGGCUCUGUGCGAAUCUCGAAAUGAAGCCCGAAUGGCUCGAGAGAGAUAACAUAGUUAGGAAAAGGGGAAUGUCUGUUGAUGAGUUUGUGCUGAAAUUCGAGGAGCCGAAUAAGCCCGUUUUGUUAGAGGGCUGUUUGGAAAAUUGGACUGCUAUGAGUAAAUGGGAUAGGGAUUAUUUGGUUAAAAUAUGCGGUGAUGCUAAGUUCUCAGUUGGGCCGGUGCAAAUGAAGCUCGAGGACUACUUUAGGUAUUCGGAUCAAGUGAGGGAAGAAAGGCCAUUGUACCUUUUCGACCCGAAAUUUUCCGAAAAGGUUCCGAAGUUGGGUUCGGAUUAUGAAGUCCCCGAAUACUUCAAGGAGGAUCUUUUUAGUGUUUUAGGAGACGAGAGGCCGGAUUAUAGGUGGAUUAUAAUCGGGCCUGCAGGGUCAGGAUCGUCAUUUCACAUCGACCCUAACUCGACCUCUGCUUGGAAUGCGGUGAUUAGGGGUUCGAAGAAAUGGAUACUCUUUCCUCCUGAGGUGGUCCCGCCUGGCGUGCACCCGAGUCCAGAUGGCUCGGAGGUUGCUUGCCCUGUCUCGAUAAUCGAGUGGUUUAUGAAUUUUUAUAAUUCUACCAAGAAUUGGGAGAAAAGGCCGAUCGAGUGUGUUUGUAAGGCAGGGGAAGUGAUCUUUGUGCCAAAUGGGUGGUGGCAUUUGGUUAUUAAUCUUGAAGAUUCUGUGGCCAUUACGCAGAACUUCGUUAGCAGGAGGAAUUUAUUGAAUGUUUUGGAUUUUCUAAAGCGGCCUAACGCUAGUACUCUUGUGUCGGGAACAAGAGACAGGGUAAAUUUGCACGACAAAUUCAAGAAUGCGAUUAUGGCAUCUCUGCCCGGGACAUUGGAUGAGUUGAUACACAAAGCAGAGGAGAAAAAGAGACAACAAAAGAAACCUUCUUUCUGGGACUCUGUUACAGAUUUGAAGGUGGGUGCUUUCAAAUUUUCAUUUUAA